AUGAAUCGAGUAUUACGCAAUUUCAUACUAUUCAUAUCACUUUAUCUAGUCUAUAAAUACGCAUUCGCCACUUCAUUCCAAUCACAAUCACAAUCGCCAUCAUCAAUAAUGUCAAACUCCAACGAAAAUAAAGAUUCUUCCACUACAUUUGAAGGUAGAUCACAAGAUGAAAUCUUGGUCAAUAUUGGUGGCAAACAAGUUCCAUUAUCGAGAAUAAGUAAGCCUCACGCAGUGGUACAUCCUCAGCCAAACCAAUUCCCUGACGUUGAAAAAGAAGCUCAACAAAAAGAAGAUUCCAAGGCAUUUGAUCAAGCGGUGUUGGGCCCUGGGAAGCAGAAACAACAAUUUGAUGCUGCUUCAUUCCCAGAUGUUGAACCUGAGGCUAAGAAGAGAGAGGCGGAAUUGGAAGAAGCUCGUGCAAAGAAGAAUAAUUGA